AUGGUCGCUGCCAUGCAAUUUGAAGUGACAGACAUUUACUCCCUCUCAUCCCCGUUACCCCUCCCAGUGCCUCUCCCGAUUCCUCGCCCCAUCCCUCUCCCAAUCCCUCGGCCGAGGGAUCUGGGAGGUGCCUCUCCCAUCCCUCUCCCAUCCCUCUCCCAUCCCUCUCCCAUCCCUCUCCCAUCCCUCUCCCAUCCCUCUCCCAUCCCUCUCCCAUCCCUCUCCCAUCCCUCUCCCAUCCCUCUCCCAUCCCUCUCCCUGCACCUCUCUCCCUGCACCUCUCUCCCUGCACCUCCUCCUUUACCUCUCCUGAUUCGUCUCCUCAUCCUCCCAACAUACUGUCCACAUCUCCCAUUGCUCCUGUUCGUCGGCCCUUCCCCUUUCCAGCCGUGGCAGCAGCUGCAGGCCUUCUCAGCAUCGAGCGAGGAGGCAGCAGCAGUGCGUGCGCGCAUGGUGGUGGGGGAGGGCGGGGCAGGGAGCGGUGCGCAGAAGCAGGCGAGGGUCAAAAAGGAGGAGAGUGCGAUGGAGGUGGAUGGGGCACUGGAGGGCGAGGGGGGGAAAUUGGAUGGGGAAAGGAAGGGGUUGGCAGGCGGAGGGGUGGGUGUGGGGCAAGAGGAGGGGGUGGAUAUGGAUGGGGGAGCAGGGGAGGAAGCAGCUGGUGGUGUUGCUGAUGUGCCCUUCACUCUCCCUCAGUAUGUGCUCCCCACCGUUCAGGUGUAUUUUGAUGCGGCCUACAUCCAGGCACUGGUGGGGUCGUGCCUCUCGCACUCCUCCGCGGCUGCUGCUGAGAUCCGAGGCAUCUCAGGCCUCUCCAAGAGCUACUUGGAUUCUCUGCCUCUGGAGCGCCGUUUGCUAGCCCUCCUGUCGCGGGCCAAGACACACAUUUUCCAGUUCGGCCGCCUGAUGAAUUUGCUGCCAGCAGGCACACAGGAGCAGCAGGUGCUGGCACUGCUGCAACACAAGGCGCUGCUGGUGCAGGGCUGCUGGGUGGCGCCCAGCUCCAUGCGCUGCCCCGUGGGCCCCACCUGUGUGCUGCGCGACCUGCUGCUGCUGCUCUUCACCAAACACCGCGUCAUUCGCCAAGAGCACGUUUCUCACCUCAAGGUGGCCACCAGCAUCAAUGGAAUAUACUUCCUCCCAACACUCAAUGAUCCAGAAGUCGAUCCCUUCAGGGAGGUGGUGAUUGCACUGCUGAGAGCCAAGGGCGCAGGCGGGGUAGGGCUGAAGCGAACAGAGAUAGUGGAGGCCACGCGCAUUGCACUUAAAGCUCAAGUUCCCGCCGCAACGUACCAACGGGUUCUGAAGGAGUUGUGUGUCACUAAUGGUGCUGCAUGGGUGUUGAAGCCAGGGGAUGGCAGCACAGUUUAG